AAGUGGGUGGAGGAGUUCCGGGGUAAGGGUGGCAGCAGUGCUUCUGGUAUCCUGAGCUUUGAGAGUUGAGUGCUGCUGCUCCGGGCUGGAGUUGCCGCGCCGUCUCAGGGAUCAUGGUGUUCUACUUCACCAGCAGCAGCGUUAAUUCAUCUGCUUACACUGUUUACAUGGGAAAGGAUAAAUAUGAAAAUGAAGAUUUGAUAAAGUAUGGCUGGCCUGAAGAUAUUUGGUUUCAUGUGGACAAACUCUCUUCGGCUCAUGUGUACCUUCGAUUACAUAAGGGAGAGAGUAUAGAAGACAUUCCCAAGGAAGUGCUGAUGGACUGUGCCCACCUCGUGAAGGCUAAUAGCAUUCAAGGCUGCAAGAUGAACAACGUUAAUGUGGUAUAUACGCCGUGGUCUAACCUGAAGAAAACAGCUGACAUGGAUGUGGGGCAGAUAGGCUUUCACAGGCAGAAGGAUGUAAAAAUUGUGACAGUGGAGAAGAAAGUAAAUGAGAUCCUGAACAGAUUAGAAAAGACCAAAAUAGAGCGAUUCCCAGAUCUGGCAGCAGAGAAGGAGUGCAGAGACCGGGAGGAGAGGAAUGAGAAAAAAGCCCAAAUUCAGGAAAUGAAAAGGAAAGAAAAAGAAGAAAUGAAGAAGAAGAGGGAAAUGGAUGAACUUAGGAGCUAUUCGUCACUAAUGAAAGUUGAAAAUAUGUCAUCAAAUCAGGACGGCAAUGAUUCAGAUGAAUUUAUGUGAAAGAAGAAAAGGACCUUUGAAAGAUGGGGCUAUGGAGGCCAUUGGAGACCUUUUGAUUUCAUCUAUAUUCUAAAUUAUAAAAUCAACCCAAGUUCAACCUUCAUUCUACACAGAUAUUCUUGAUUUUGGAGUGUUAAGAAAAAAUGAUUCCUUUUUUGCUGACAGAAAAGGAUCAGAUACAUAAAAAAUAGUUGAGCUUGACAGUAUAUAACUUAAGGAAAGCGAAAAAUAUGUUUGCCAGAACAUGUCUCCGUAUCUCAUGAAAGCUGGCUGCCCUUGUUCUUGAGAUAGACGUUGGAAGAAACCAACUCUGAGAAGUAUGUCUGUGGCUAUGGUCUAUCCCUGAAAACAGAUGUCUUAAAACGACUUUCAUAGUCUCAAAAUAUCUUCUGUUAAGAAGAACGUGUUGGUGGGCAAUACAUGCAAAUGUUCUCCCGUCCCUGAUUUCCUGAUUGAAAAAAAGGCAUAUGGGUUGAAGAUGAGUGAUAUUUUCAGAUUACUGGCUUCAGUAUUCACGGUUGCAUCCUGUCGCCUGAAUCUGUUAGGGUAGCGAUCCUCUGCUCUUAGCUUGUCUCGGCUUUCACAACCUUGCUUUCUCCCACUGGGGGUCUCCGUCUUAGUAUCAUCAUAUUUAAAGGAAUUGUUGGUGUUAAUCAAGGGUGGGCUUUGUGACAUUUGUUACCUGAGCACCAAGUAUCUGUACAACAACUUUGAGGAAGAAGUGCCCUGUCAAUCAUUUGGGUGAUAGAGGCUACCCAGUUUUGUCUUGAGAUACAGAGUCCAGAUUGCAAUUGUGAUUUUAGAAAGAAGCCUUUCACUAGGCAGCCAAGUAAUUUUUUUCCCUUACCCCUGAAAUAGUAAUUACUUUGAAUUGUGACCCCAGAGUUCAGAUUUCUCAUUAUCAGUACAAUAUCUUACUGUAUAACAUUACUACUGUUCCUGUGAAUCACCUACUGGCCAGUGUGAUUUUGAAUAGAAAAUGGAUAUUUAUUCUGCACGUCAGGCAACUCCUAUAGAAAGGGACAGAACAAGGAGAAAGAGCAAAGCCUAUAGGACAGGGGACACACAGAUUGAUAUUUUAAACCUCACCCAGAACUCCGUGUCCAGCUUUCUUAUUAAUUGUGUUCUAACUCAGCAAAAGUGGUCUCCUUCAGCAAAUAUUCCACCUGUAAUUGCACUUUAGAACUACAUGUAAAACCAAGACUAGUAUUUCCACGUAUUCCAAGUUGGUGUGUGGGGUUGAACUGGAAAAUUCCUUAAGGCGUAACUCAUUGGUCAAAUUUUGAGGGGAUCUGGAAGACAACUCCCGAGACAGUGAUGAUUUUGUGUGUGUGUACAAUAAUGUGCAGCCUGAAGUGCUGUAGUUAAAAGUUACAAUAAAGAUCAUUUUUUAUCUGGAA